GUGUAUAAGUCGAACGGCGGCUGGACCGAGGGUGAGGUGACUCAGCUGGAGAAAGUCUUCAACAAGUACGACGUGAAGAGGAAGGGCUUUCUUUCGAGCAAAGAGUUAGUCCGGAUGGUGGAGGACAUGUUUCCGGUUCUCGCGCGGGACAGGAGGCUUCGACCCGAUCUGCAGCGAAUCAUGAAAGAGGCGCUCAGUGGUUGCACACGUGCGGAAGGUGUGGGAAUGCAGGAUUUCCUGAAGCUGAUGCAGUUCUUCCGAGAGUUUCAGGACGGACAGCGCUUGCACAAGGAGCAGCAAGCAGUCCAGGCGAGUGGCUGGGAACAUACCGAGGUAGCUCAGUUGCGUGACCUCUUCAUCGCGGCAUCCAACGCUUCGCACGAAAGCUCGCUUCCCGCAGAGCUUUCCUUCGAACAGUUCCGGACCAUGAUCCACGACCUCUACCCGCUUGGGGAUGCGCUGACGGCAGAGUUGAAAUACAUCUUUGCGAAGUUCACUCGACGGAUCGUUGGCGAAGUGAGGAGCAAGCAGAGCUUCGAGGAUGCGGACUUCCCGGAGUUCCUGCUGAUGAUGAGGUACUUGUGGGACACCGACUGGCCCAGCAGUCCGGGAACAUCAAGGAUUGGCAUCAAGGCGAAGUUUCAAGACAAGACCGAGACGGAGAAGCCAGUCAAAGCACCGGUCAAGGCA